UCUGAAAUGACAUUCAUUUAUUCGGCCGAAGAAGACAAGCUGACAGAUACAGCAAAACAGAGAGAGUUAAAAUUACUGCAUGGUCCCAACUGCCUUUAAUAUUAUAGUGUACAUUAUAUUCAUUCCCAGCCAUGGAGUUGUCUGAAAUACUGUACAACAAAGCAGAGUACAUUGAAACGGCAUCUGGCAACAAAGUGAGCCGGCAGUCAGUGCUGUGUGGGAGUCAAAACAUCGUACUCAAUGGCAAGACUAUUGUCAUGAAUGACUGCAUCAUCAGAGGAGACUUGGCUAACGUCCGGGUGGGCAGACACUGUGUGGUGAAGAGCCGGAGCGUCAUUCGACCGCCAUUCAAAAAGUUUAGCAAAGGGGUGGCAUUCUUCCCGCUGCACAUCGGGGACCACGUCUUCAUCGAGGAGGACUGUGUGGUCAACGCAGCGCAGAUCGGCUCCUACGUCCACAUUGGGAAGAACUGCGUCAUAGGUCGUCGCUGUGUGCUGAAGGACUGCUGCAAGAUCCUAGACAACACCGUCCUCCCUCCUGAGACCGUGGUGCCGCCUUUCACCGUCUUCUCCGGAUGCCCAGGUCUAUUUUCAGGAGAGCUGCCAGAGUGCACGCAGGACCUGAUGAUUGACGUAACCAAGAGUUAUUACCAGAAGUUCCUGCCUCUCAGCCAGAUCUGAGUCCCGCCUCAAAGCCGCAAAGCAGGACACUCACCUCCUCCUCCAGCCAGCCGCGGGUCGGAGUCUCUCGCCCGAAAUGGACCUCUGGAGAUCACCUGCUGUCCUUCGCAUCCUCACAAAAGCCUCUCACUCCUGGAAAAACAUUGAUAUGAAUUUACAGUUGUUUAUAGCUGCAGGAGGCAAUUGUGCAUAUUUACAGCCCUGAAUGGCCAUGAGAGCCUUGAAAAGCGUGCGGCUGCCGAUAAUCCCAACCUACGCUCUCUCACAGCCGCUGUGGGUGAAGUCGGGAAGGUGCAGGUGAGGGAACGCAGCUUGUAAUAUAAAGUGUGACGCCUAAGGACCAAAACAACAACAACAGUGAUUGAAGAUGUUGGCUGUACAUCAUUGAUGUCCACAUUUCAUUUAGGAAACAGAUCAGUAGACUUAAAUCAGAGAUUUGUCAAAUAUAUUCUGUUGUUUUAGUCAUUUUAUUUCUAAUGGAAAACUUUUUGCUUUCUCCAUCACUAGACUUCGUCAUAAAAUGUAUUUAAUAUGUAACGUGAUUUAAUUUGCCUCCUGUGUUUUGUCUUUUUUUUGUGUGCAUACAAAAGCCACGGCAAACGUCUAAAACAGUGCAGCAAUUAAUUAAAACAUAAAUGCCUGUAAA